ACGCCCCCUGAUCACUUCCGUAUUGCUCACAUGGGUCUUGGCUUAAGGCGAAUGGAGCGUUUAGCAGGUGUGGGUGUGGGACCGCUGGCUAUAGGUGCAGUUGGUCUGCUGCUGUUAUUGCAGAUGAUCCGCAGAGUGAGAAGAAAGCAAGUUCUCCAGGAUAAAGUGGUGGUGAUCACUGGAGCCAGUUCAGGCCUGGGCAAAGAAUGUGCGCGAGUCUUUCAUGCUGCGGGAGCACGACUUAUCCUGUGUGGACGUGACCAGAAGAGACUACAGGAAGUCGUAGAGGAGUUGAGGGUUAAAACAGAUGGCAAAGCAAAGACCUAUACACCCUGCACAGUGACCUUUGACCUCUCCGACACGGAGACAGUCGCCAGCGCAGCAGCAGAGAUUCUGAAAUGCCACGGUCACGUGGACGUCCUGGUUAACAACGCAGGCAUUAGCUACCGCGGGUCCAUCCUGGACACACACGUCUCGGUGCAGAAGGACGUCAUGGACACAAACUACUUCGGCCCUGUUGCUCUAACUCAAGCAAUUCUUCCGUCCAUGGUGGAACGAGGUGCUGGACAUAUAGUCGUCAUCAGCAGCGUCCAGGGGAAGAUUGCCAUUCCCUACAGAUCUGCCUAUGCAGCCUCCAAGCAUGCGACGCAGGCAUUCUUCGACUGCCUACGGGCCGAGGUGGAACGGUUCGGCCUACAUGUGUCAGUCAUCAGCCCUGGAUACAUUAGAACCAACCUGUCACUCAACGCUGUAACCGGAGAUGGAUCCAAAUAUGGCGUGAUGGAUAAGACCACAGCAGCAGGAUGGGACCCAGUGGACGUGGCUCACGCUGUUCUGAAGGCUGUCACUUACAGACAGAAAGAUGUUUUAUUAGCUGGGCCACUGCCCGCUCUCGCUGUCUACCUCCGCACUCUCUGGCCAGCCGCCUUCUUCAGAUUGAUGGCCUCUCGAGCCAAGAAAGAGAAGGGAAUAAAAGAACAAUAAGUUGCAGCCACAGUUCAGAGUCUUGUGAGUCUUGAGUGCAUUUUUAACAGUGUUCCUAGUUUAAUAAUAACGGCAUUUCAAAUAUAGCAUAAAAAAUAUUGCCAUGCAGUAGAUCUGGUUAGUUUCUCCAUUUCAGGCUUCUGUUUGCAUCUUUCUGGCCCAGAACUAGGCUCGAAUAGCGCUGAAGCCGAGCUUACAAGCUGCUGCUGUAACGUAUUCGAUAUGCAUUUCCUGGGACUGAGGCAGAAAUACACAAUGGAUGGAACGCCAGUCCAUCCCAGGACACCAUUUACACACCUUCACACACUCCUUUACACCUAGAGGCAUUUUAGAGUAGCCAGUCCACCUACUGGCAUGUUUUUGGGCGGUGAGGGGAAAAUGGAGAACCUGAUGGAAACCCACAUGAACAUGCAGAGAACACGAGCUCACGGUUGAACCAGGAACCCUGGAGCUGUGAGGUGGUAGAGCUACCUCCUGCACUAUAAUGUGAUUUAAAAAAAGAUAUAAUAUUGCCAUUUGAACAUAGACCUUGAAUGACAGUUGUUGUAAUGUAAUCAAGCUAAUAAAUGGAAUAAAAGACAAGGGUAUUAA